UCUCUGACCCCCGCUGAUGGAAGACAGUGACGCGCCCACUCACACACGGCACAAGUCGACAGCGGACCAAAAGAGGGAGUGUGACGUCACCACGGCCGACAUAGCGGCGGACAAUGAGGACGGCUACAUGGGGAGGAAGAGAAUGAUACGUGACGAGAGGAAUGCGGAGAAGAAGGACGGGAAGGGAGAGGCAGACAGAGGAGGGAAGAUGGGGGAGGAGGAGGAGGAUGAAGACGAGGAUGAAAUAAAUGCAGAGCUGCUUCAGGAUGGCCUCAAGAGGGCGUUGUCUCAAACGUGGCAUGCCCCGGAUGGAGGCUGGGGCUGGGUGGUGGUGGUAUCGGCCCUGAUGGCCAGUCUGAUAGUGGACGGCGUGACGUAUACUUUCGGCCUGUUCCUGGGAGAGCUUCAGCGCGCCUUCCAGGCACCUAAGAGCACCAUCGCCCUGGCCUCCUCCAUGCAAGUCGGCAUCUACCUUAUGGUUGGCCCACUGGUCAGCGCCUUGACCAACAGGUUCGGAUGCCGCCUGGUGAUCAUCGUGGGCAGUGUGGUGGCCGGAGGAGCGUUCAUGGUCAGUGCCUUCAGCCCAAACGUCACUGUCCUCAUUCUGACCUACGGCGUGGUGGGAGGCAUCGGAUUCGGCAUGAUGUAUUUACCUGCGAUAGUAUCGGUGAGCCUUUAUUUUGAAAGUCGCCGAGCCCUAGCUACUGGUAUCGCGGUAUGCGGUUCUGGUAUCGGCACGUUUGUACUCGCACCAGUCACGGAACUUCUUUUACUACAUUACAACUGGAGUUGGACUCUGAUGAUACUCGGAGCGAUUAUUUUAAACGGUGCUGUAUUCGGUGGUCUUGUAAGGCCUCUCGAUAUGACACCCGAAUCCAGCGAAGGCGAGAAAAUCGCAGGAGAGGUUGUGUCCAAAAUCCUAAAAGGAAAUUGUGAAAUCGAUAUAGACGGAGUAGAUCGAGUGAUCUACACGAAUGAAACAGAGAAGGAGCAAGUGAACAAUUCUCUGCUGAAACCCGUGAAGCAGAAGAGGAAGAGGAAGAUCUCCAACUCGUCAGGAGGGAAGCCUGCUUUCGAAACCAUUCCCCUAAUCACGAUCACAGACGACCAGGAAAACACGACGGUUAUGUUCUCCGACUCCUGCCAGACCGUCAAACCAGGGGCGAAAAAUAAAAAAGACGGUCGUUUCUUCUCGUCCACGCCCAACAUGAUCAUCAACUCCACGUCAAACCUGCAGCACGUCACGUGGGGAACCACGUCAGGGAAUAAGAAGGACAAGACGUCCAGCAACUCGUCCGUGAACAACGCCCCUCCCAGGCAGCGCUCCAACACCGUGGACUUCUACAACCGCGUGUCUCGAGCUGACGCCUCCUUCAUCAAACCCAACGCCACGCCCCCUCUCCAACAGCGCCGUAAGAGCCACGCCCCCAUGGGCCUGGCGUACAUCAGCCUGUCCGACAUACACAUCAACAAAAUCCGGGACGACAUAAACAUUCCGCUUUCCAGGAGGGACAUCCAGAUGUCCGGAUCGCUAGCCGGCCCGGAGUGGGACUACUCGCACUACCAGGGGGUCAAGAACCAGGAACUGUAUAUCCAGAGCAUCCGCUCUAUCGCCAGCAAGUGCUCCAAGGACGGAGACGCGGACUUUGGGCAGAGGAGGACCGGCCUCUUCCGGUGUCUGCCGGAGUCGGCAAGGGAUACACUGGACGAGAUGCUCAACCUGAGCAUUCUGAAAGACAGCAG